UCUUCCCUUCUUCUCGCCGUCGCUCACCUACUCAUCGCUCGCUCCCUCCUUAUAUGCAUCUCAAUCUCCCAACUCUUUCUCACCCAAUCUCAAACCCCUAACCCUAAUUUCCUCACCACUGUCGCCGACCAAACACAUGAACAUCAUCUUCGUCCCCGCCGCGAUCCGCGCGGCGCUCCUCCACCCGCGGCCGCUCCUCCUCCACGCCGCCGCGUGGACGGCGCUCCUCACGACGUCCGUGGCCGUGGCGUCGUUCGCGCCCGAGGCCGCGUUCGUCUGGGCCGUGUCCCCGGCCUCGGCGUUCUCCCGCGGCGGCGGCGGGGCUAGGGUUAGGGUUCCGACGGAGGGGCCCGCGUUGGAGGUGGUGUGCGUCCCGGCACGGCUCUUCGGCAGGUCGAGGCUCGACGCGCUCAUGCCGCCGCUCUUCGCCGCGCUCGUGGUGGGCGCCUCCGCGUUCUUCGUCCGCGCCAUGGGCCUGUGGGAGUACGAGGAGAGCGUGUUCGAGUGAACUCCAUACGAAGCUCCGUCGAGGUUCGAACGGAGAUGCAUAUAGUUUCCCUGUGCACAAGAAAUUUAAAAAGAAAAAAAAAAAAGGAAAUCGCAGUGUUACAAUAGAAUGAAAUAAGAAAAGGAAAAGGGCCAAUUGUAUGAAAAGUCCCUGGACUAUCCUGAUAUCACACAUGUUAGUGCUUGGAAUGUUAAGAAUAAUCUGAUUUUUAAUCUAAAAUGAUCUGCUGAUCUUGUUCUGAAUAUAUUCAAAUAUAAAGUGUUGUUUGAAAACAAUUGAAAAGAGAUGUUAUCGGAUGUUACAA